AUGACAAGCAUGGCUGCCAUAGCCCGUACACACUGUCCAGCUGCGCUAGCAACGAGACGUGCCGUUCUCGCACUAACACCACCCCUCUUCCGCGCCCCGGUGAACCCCGGGGGGGCGGACCGUGUUGCAGACCGUGUUGCGCCCAAGACGACGGGGGCAACUACCGCAGCAGAGGAAGCAGGCGUUGCCGUAGCGGGCGAUGACGACAGGCUGGAAGCUACCCCCGCCGCGGACACGGGUGUAGCCGCCGCGGGCGAGGACGACAUGGGCGCUGGGCUGCCUCCUACCCCGGCCGUAGAUGCGAGUGUUGCCGAGCAGGCGGAGUAGAAGCGAACGUACGGAGUGCAGCUCCUGCGCCGGGUGGUGUCGCCGCCGAGAUGGGUUGGCCAAGAAGUAGCUGUCGGGCUGCUCGUACGUGGCCAUUAUUGCGGCUCGCAGUUCCAUCUUUUUUUGUUCGGAUGGUGCAUACUCCAACAUCCCCUUGAGGUCUGCAAUUUUCGCCUUUUGGCCUCAUGAGCGCCCGCCAAGCGAGCCCUGCCUGCGGCCUCUUCAUCCAAUGACUGCCUCGACACAACAGCCGCCGAGAGAGCUUCCACGGCCGUCACCAGCUUGCCUGUGUUGGUCUC